UUCGGUGACUUUCGUAAUAGUCCUAACCACCCGCCCGCCCGCGUUGUAAACGAAGGUAAGGCCGGACCAGAACCUAAAGAUUAACUUGUAGUGGCCUAAAUAAUAUCGAUUGAGAUGUCUUUUGGCUGUUUAUUUGUUUCGACGACUUGUAUAUUUCAUAGUAGCUGUCAAAUACUGCCAGUUUUUAGGUAGUCACGUGACCGGCCAAGACCAGGGCUUUCUCGUGCCUCGCCUCGUCCUCAUAAGAAAGCCCUGGGAACGAGGUUGGACUUGUUGAGAUCAAAAUCUUGAUUAAUCUUUUUUUUAUAUAUCAAUCGCAUUUCUUUUCAACAUGGCGGUCAUGCCAAGUGAUAGCUCCGAUAAAAAUAUAUUAAACCAGCUCCAAAAUAAUUUCUUUAACGUUCAAGACAAGUACAAGGUGCUUGUUGAAUAUGACAGUAGCAAUGACAGAGUGAAAUGGAACGGUAACUUUGAGAUUUUGAAAACUUUUGUGGCCGAUUUGUUUGGCGAACAAAGCAAGUGGAUUUCUCCUGGCGGGCGAGCAAAAUCCUUUCGCAGUAGCCAAGUCUCAAUUACCUGGUACCCUCUCAAAAAGUCACUUGUGUUUCAAGGACAAGCUGGUAUUAAAUUGAAAGAUUUGAUUAUCGGUUUGGCUGGCUCAAAUAUGGCGAAAGACUGCGAAAAUAUUACUCUGAGUAGCGUUAUAGAUCAAGAAAAUUUUGACCAGCUAGCAAGAAACGUUACUAACAUUGAGUUGUCCGUCAAACAGAUUGGUGUUGCAAUGAAGAAACUCGAUAAAGAUUUCCAGCUGAUGGCAAACUAUAUAAAAGAUCGCGACAGGAACCAUAGAGACACGACUCGUGAUAUUGGUGUUCAAACAGACUUUAACUUGGUAAGUGAAAUGCGUGCCCAAAGCCAAACGGUUUGUUCUGUCUCGCAUAGCGAACUCUCAACAGAAUUAGAGGGAGCCAAGCUAGACAUUGUUUUGAUGGAGUCUAAAAUUGUUUGUGGUCUUCUAACAAAUACCAAAAAAAAUGGAACAAAUUCGUGUUGAAUUAGUUGAUCAAAACAAGGCUUUAAGCAGCAAGGUAGAAGCUUUAGAACUAGACUUAAAAACCUGUAAAUUAAACCUACACGAAUUGGAACAAAGGAACACAAUUAAUUACUCGAAUCAACAAUGUGGCUCAAUUACACCUAUGGGAGAUCGGUCGAUUAAUUCCCAAAUAGCGCCUAACAAUAACACCAAGGUCGAGGCAAAGAUAAAUUAUGCAAAUUCCCACACUUUCAACCAAAGAAAAGAAAUAAAUCAGGAAACUAAAAGAAAUAACUGUGAGCUGUCUCUUGAUCAAUCCUGUAUUGUGGUUAAGGAUCAAAGUACUGACAUUAAUCUAAGCAGGAGUCAACAUGUAUCUAAGCAAAAUGAGGAUAGAUGCGGCCUCCCAACUAUUAUUUUUAACACGCUCCAUCAAAUACCACAGCACGAUCUUACAAAUCAGUAUUCCAUCCCGACGCGUAUUACAAGUAGGGAAAAAAUACAAUCACUGAACCCAAAUUGGCAACAGGAUAAACAUUCCUCAAAAACCUGCCAAGCUAAGGAGGUUUUUCGGAAGAGUCGGAGGGGCAAGCGAAAAGACAAAAUGUUGUUCUUCCAAUAUUAUUAUUAGAUGCCACUAUGGAAAAAGAAACGAUCAUGGGUCAAACCAUUCCUGUAAGAAUAACAACUCAUAACUACAAUUGCACGAGGUUUCGGAAUAAAUAUAAAACGUCCGAUUUUAACUUGGUUAAAAUUCCACUAGAUGAAGCUGUUAAAUUUGAGCAUGUCCCAAAAAUAAUGCUGUCCAAUGUCAUGUCACUCGUUCCAAAAGUUGACGAAGUUCGCGAAUUUAUUCACCGGAAUCAAAUCAGCCUGGUAUUUAUCACAGACACCUGGCUUAAAGCUUCUAUUCCUGACAGCGUGGUGAACAUUCCCGGUUUUUCAAUAAUACGUAGGGACCGAAUUAACAAAUCCCAUGGUGGGGUUUGUGCAUACGUUAAUAACCGAGAUGUUAAUUAUAAACAGAUUUUAGAGUUAUCUUGCUGCCAGGAGCACGAAAUCCUAUGGCUGCACCUUAGACCUACUCGUAUUCCACGCAAGUUCUCAUGUAUUAUCGUAGCUAUAGUAUACCACCCCCCUGGAGCAGAUGAUUAUUCUAUGAGAGACCAUUUAUUCCAGUCAUUAAAAAAGGCAGAGUCAAAAUUUCUUAACUGCGCACUUAUUGUUGCAGGUGACUUUAAUCGUCUUAAUGUUAACAGAAUCAAACAUCAUUUUCAACUGAAACAGAUAGUUCAGACUCCUACCCGCAGAAAUGCGAUUCUCGACAUCAUCUUAACUAAUCUGCACGAGUAUUAUGAAAAACCUCUAAUAAUGCCCCCUUUUGGACUAUCCGACCACAAUACUAUCAUUUCAUCUCCAAAGGAAAGAGCUAAAGAUCUAAUCUCUAAUGGCACCACCUUUAAGCGUAAUAUUAAUCCAAGUUCCAAACGAGCCCUGGGAAGAUAUCUAAACUCGAUUGAUUGGCCUUAAAUUAUUCCAUCUACUAAUGAUUGUGAUCAGUUAUCGAACAUGUUUCAAAACAUAGUCCUUACUGGGGUUAAUAUAUUAAUGCCGAUGACACGAUCAAAGAAAUGUCCUGUCGAUGCCCCCUGGAUAACAAACCAUUUCAAAUCGCUGAUCAUUGAAAGGCAGAAAGCUUUUUCUACCUAUGGCCCUGACUCGAGCAGUUUUAAAUCUCUUCGAAACCAAGUAAAUCGAGAAAGGAAAAUCUGUAAAUCAAACUAUUAUAAACUCCGUGUACAUCAAAUGAAACAAACAGACUCCAAGGAAUGGUGGAAAGAAGUAAAGCGUUUAAGUGGAAUGGCAUCUACUAGAUCUAGUGAUAUUAGAAAUAUAAUAGAUAUUGAAAACCUCGAACAAUUAUCUGAGCAAGAAUUAGCUAACAAGAUCAAUGAAGCUUUCUUGGAUCCCUUAUCUGUAUAUAAACUGCCCAGCCCCCUUCUUCCUUUCGAGCUAGAAGUUAACAACCCUGAGUUUUUAG